AUGGAGCCGGCCGAGAGGGCGACGUCGAACCUAAUCAACAACCUCGGCUCGCUGCUGCAGGACCAGGGCGACCUGGACGGCGCGGAGGCGCUGUUGCGCGAGGCGCUGGAGGGGUGCCGAGAGACGCUCGGCGACCGGCACCCGAACACGCUCGGCUCGGUCAACAACCUCGGCAUGCUGCUGAAGAAGAAGGGCGACCUGGACGGCGCGGAGGCGCUGUACCGCGAGGCGCUGGCGGCGAGCCGAGAGACGCUCGGCGACCGGCACCCGAGCACGCUCACCUCGAUCAGCAACCUCGGCUUGCUGCUGAAGGCCCAGGGCGACCUGGACGGCGCGGAGCCGCUGUACCGCGAGGACCUGGCGGCGAGCCGAGAGACGCUCGGCGACCGGCACCCGAACACGCUCACCUCGAUCAACAACCUCGGCUUGCUGCUGAAGGACCAGGGCGACCUGGACGGCGCGGAGGCGCUGUACCGCGAGGCGCUGGCGGCGAAGCGAGAGACGCUCGGCGACCGGCACCCGAGCACGCUCACCUCGAUCAACAACCUCGGCAUGCUGCUGAAGAAGAAGGGCGACCUGGACGGCGCGGAGGCGCUGUACCGCGAGGCGCUGGCGGGGAGGCGAGAGACGCUCGGCGACCGGCACCCGGACACGCUCACCUCGAUCAACAACCUCGGCUUGCUGCUGAAGGACCAGGGCGACCUGGACGGCGCGGAGCCGCUGCUUCGCGAGUCGCUGGCGGCGAAGCGAGAGACGCUCGGCGACCGGCACCCGAACACGCUCACCUCGAUCAACAACCUCGGCUCGCUGCUGCAGGACCAGGGCGACCUGGACGGCGCGGAGGCGCUGUUCCGCGAGGCGCUGGCGGCGCAGCGAGAGACGCUCGGCGACCGGCACCCGAACACGCUCACCUCGAUCAACAACCUCGGCUCGCUGCUGCAGGACCAGGGCGACCUGGACGGCGCGGAGGCGCUGUUCCGCGAGGCGCUGGCGGCGAGGCGAGAGACGCUCGGCGACCGGCACCCGGACACGCUCGACCUGGUCUACGGCCUCGGCAUGCUGCUGCAGACGCAGGGCAGGCUCGGGGACGCCAUCCCUCUCUUCCGGGAGGACUUGGAGGGAUUCACUGCGCGGUACGGGAAGGGGCAUGAAGAGACGCAGAGCUCGGCCCGCAACCUUGUCGAGGUGCUGACGGAGGCGGGGCGACAGCGCGAGGCUGACGAGAUCGCUGCCACGUAUAGCGUCUGA